AUGGGCAUCCCUGUGCCUCAGCGAUCCGACGAGAUGGCAACGAUGCCAGCAGCGAUCGCACCAACUCCACCUGCGCCUGCACCAUCCUCGCCGCACGACGGGCCUGCCGCCAUGGGCGCUCUCGGCCUGCUUCGCCUCUUCUCCAUCUGGCCGCCACCGCCGAAGGCGGCCCCCGCGUGCCCGUCCCAAGAGCGGCACGACGCGUCGUCCCACCCCAUGCAUGCUGGCUCUCCAGGGUCGGAGGGUGCGGCGGCGGAAGCGAGGGAAGCCGUGGAAGCCGCCACGUCUCUCGGAAUCAGGGAGGAGAUGGGGCAAGGCAAUUCGGGUGCCGUGGCGUGCACAGCCAUGGCCACAGACGACAGUGCGGCCGCAGAGCCAGCAGCGCUCGGAGAACAAUCGCUCGAGCAGCAGCCCGUGCAAUCGCCGUCGCACGGCAGCGCGACUAGUUGCGCAGAUCCGGGCGCGUGUGCGCCACUGGAGCGCCCCUUCUCCCCCACGUGCGUGCUCGACCCGCCCGACUGGGCGACCGUGGCGGGCCUCGACAGCCUGCAGCUGCCGGCGCUGCAGCGACUCGCGUCGCACGGCGUCAUUUGGAAGGACCCUGCGACGGGGUCCCUGCGACGCUUCACGCUACACUACGGCGGCGAGGUGGACGCGGACGGCAACUGCCUCUUCGCCGCGCUCAACCGCCUCGUACCGCAUCACGCCGGCGCGGCGGGCCUGCGGCGGAGAGCGGUGCGACGGUUUAUGAAGGAGUACGAGGCGGGCGUGGUGGAGCGCGCGCGCGUGGACGCGGCGGUGCGGCACCUGUACGCGCCGGACGUGGGCGUGGGGUGGGGCGUGCACGUGGUGCAGGAGGUGAAGCUGCUGGCGCCUCGCGCGCAGCGCAACGAGCUCAUGGCGGCCGUGGGGCAGCUCGUCGACUGCGGCAUGUCAAGGUGCGCCCGCCGCGCCACGCGCUUCGCCGGAUCGCGGAAUUGCUAUUCUAGAGAAUUCCCUAAUAUCCUCUUCCUUCCCCCCUCCCUCCUUUCCCGCAUUCGCCCCACUCGCAGGGACCACGCGGUGGAGAUGGUCGCGAGGGACCGCUGCCUGCCCGUCGACUGCGCGCGCCGCUGGGCGCACUACAUGUCGCUCGGCGCGCCGCUGCUGCCCGCCGGCGCAGCGGACUCCUCGGGGGAGUGCGCGGGGGUGGCGGAGUGGGAGACGGAACGCGAGGCGGCGGGCGGGCACGACGUGGUGUCGCUGCAGUACGCGCAGGACGGCCUGCUCUCCGCCUCCGCCUCCUGGGACUUUUCGCUGUCCGCGCAGAGCGCGGAGCGGGUUGCGGGUGCGGGGGAAGCGGCGGCGGGCGGGGGUGGCGGCAUGGCGGCGUUCGGCGACGACAUGGCGAUCGAGAUGCUGGCGACGGAGCUCGCCCGCGAGAUUAUCGUCGUGCAGGCGCACGGGCACGACGCGAUGGUGGAUGAGCAGUCGGCGCUCUUCUUCCUGCCGCACGCCCCCAGGGGCGCGCCGCUCUCCGUCGCGCACCCGCCGCUCUUCCUGCUCAUGAAAGGCACAGGCGGCGACCACUACGAGGCCAUGGUGGCCGUGGACCAGGGCGAGGUGCCCGCGGGGGACGCACAGGGGCCGUGCGGCGCGGUUGUGCUGUGA